AAUUAGUGACUUACGUACUUACACACGAAUGUAAGAUAAGCAGGGCAUAACAUGAAAAAAAUCAGUAAGUACGUGCCCAAGACACGCCCGAGACACGCCUCAAGCUUUCAAGAGUGACAACAAUCAACUUUCCCCGUACACUGACAGCAAGCGACCAUGCCCCCGCUGCCCAGUACACUCGACGGAGAAAUAGUGUCUGUCAUUGAAACGCUACGCAGACGGCGUAAGGACCUUUCGGACUUCCAGAUCCAACGUUUGCGGACGUGUACAGGACCGCUAGCUGUUCAACAGCAGUAUGCAGCGGAGUUACGCGAAGACCUUGACAUAUUCGCUCGACAAGUCGAGAACCUAGAACUCUCAGUGGAUGACCAGCGGAUAGAGCGGGACCGGAGAGAGUUGAGGCAAGUGGUGGACGAGUUCCGGGCGGAUCUAGCGAGCUUGAAGAAGGACACGCGAGCUGCGCUGCUGGCUUCCAAGCGGGCAAUUGACACGAAUCAGGUGUCGAACCGGGAUGAGCUCUUGCGAUCGUCGGCAGUGAGGGAGAAGCAAGACUUGAAUGAGAAAGUCGCCGAGGAUGCGUUGAUGAAGGCGAAUAACGAUGUGACGGAAGCCUUACAUCGGACGAUAUCACUAAUGCAGGGCGAACUAGAGAAGUCAGUCCUCUCAACACAGCUGCUCGAUGCGUCUAGUUCAUCUUUGCGCUCUACCUCCUCCACUCACGACGUGCUCGAUGGCCUGCUCGUCACCUCGAAGCACCUAAUCACUGCACUCGAGAAAUCCGACUGGCUGGACCGCAUGCUCGUCUUCGCAGGGCUUGCCUUUUUCGUUCUCGUCGUCGUAUUCAUCCUCAAACAGCGUCUCGUCGACCGUGGACUCCGUAUCGCGUUCUGGUGGACGCGCUUCAUCCCAGAUUUCGGCGGCGAUGAACGGCUAUUGGACAUGGAAGAAGCGAAGGCAGCGAGCGCUGUGACGGGGUCGAUCGCAAGCGUAGUAGCGAGUGUGUCGGCAGCGGCGGCAUCGAUAUCGGCGUCAGCAGGGAUGUCAAGCUCAUCCUUUGCGUCCACAAUCACAUCUGCCGCGAGCGAACCACAUCCAUCGCAUCCGGAGGGCGAAGCGCCUACGGGCCUGGAGACUCUGAGCGAUACUCUUCUCGCAUCGCCGGCUCCGGUGGAUGGUGCUCUGGAGACUGGAUUGCACGACGAGCUGUAGGUUAUGUACGUUCUCUAUGUCUAUGUAUAUACUUGUUGCCACAGGACUUUGUUGCACAUCGCGGUCGCCGAGCUGCGAGUGUAUGCCGAGGCCCAACACGAAGUAAGUUGUGUGUGCAGCCUCGUCCAUUG